GGGUUUCUUGGGAGCACGACUUCCGGCCUGGAUGGGAAGCUCCCCACUUCCCCCCGGGUUCUCCCAGAGCGCUUCCUCUCCCCACCCCCGCCACGCGAGGCUGCGGCGCACGAUUGAAGAAUGUCCCGGGUUCCAUUAGGGAAAGUCCUCCUGAGGAAUGUCAUCCGGCACACUGAUGCUCACAAUAAGAUUCAAGAGGAAUCAGAUAUGUGGAAAAUUAGAGAACGAAAACAGAUGGAGGAUGCUUACCAGGGGACCAAAAGGAGAAUGUUACCUAGCAGUUCAAGUCGUAUGCGUAGUGAUGGUUUUGAUGAAGAAAGUCAGAGAGACUACUGGAGGCCAAAGAAUGAAAUUUCUGGGGCAGUGGAGGAUGAUUUUCUUAAGGCCAAAUCCUGGAAUAAGAAGUUAUAUAAUUAUGAAGCUAACAUGCCAGACAGAUGGGGUCACAGUGGUUAUAAAGAGUUAUACCCUGAAGAGUUUGAAACAGACAGUGAUCAUCAGGAUAUCACCAAUGGGAAAAAAACAUCUCCUCAGGCAAAAUCAUCUGCCCAUGAAUCCCGAAAACAUAAGAAGUCAAAGAAAUCCCACAAAAAGAAGCAGAAAAAAAAGUCACACAAAAAACAGAAGAAAAGUAAAAAGGAAGCUACAGACAUAACAGCAGAUUCCUCAAGUGAGUUCUCAGAAGAAACUGGGCCUUCCAGUACCAGGAAAAGGAAACAAUCACAUAAACGCAAGAAAAAGUCCAGGAAAAAGUCUCUCAAAAAAUCUGAUUUAUUCUUAGGGGCAGAAAAUGACACUUCUGAGUCAGAUGAUUCAGCAGCCAGCAGUUCUGAGGAAAGUGAAGAAAGAGACACUAAGAAAACCAAAAGGAAAAAGAGAGAUAAAAAUGUCCAUAUUCCUGAAGCUAACAAUGAAAUACAGGAGAGGACAAAUAAACGCACAAAUUGGAAAGUGGCUACAGAUGAAAGGUCUGCUGAGAGCUCAGAGGAUGACUAGAUGGGAAGACACAUUAAUUUCCCACUUGAUUCUGGAUAGUUAAGCUCUUAUACCUUGGGGUUUUUUGCCAGUGACUCCUUUAACAUAGGGGUCUGAGGUCAGAGCUGUCAUGUGCCAUCUUAUGUUUUGCCAGACUCCUUGUCUUCUAUUUUGGCCUGUUAAACUUGAUCCCCUUUUCUUGUCAGUGGGGAAUCUGGUAUUUUGUUAUGAAGGUUUCUUGAAGAGAUUAUUUUUUUUUGCAAUUAAUCACAUUUAGGAUAGAGUACCUACACAGCAAAUUAAAGGACCCAGAAAGCUGAAUUCAGUAAUGACCUAGGUACACCAAACAUUGAAUUUGGGAAAUCAAGGGCUGGGAUCAAGAGGUGAGUUGGAAGCAGUGCUAUGUAGAAUGGUUUGACAAAGGGAACACUAUGUUCUCUGUCUUUGCUCAUACAGCAGGUGUUAUAACUGACUUGUCUUCAGUCAUGGUGCUUUGAGCCUCAUGUAUUUUUGUAUUUUGACCCCACAGGUGUGGUCUAGUUUACUUAAUGAGGAAAUGGGCAUAAGAACAAACCUUUUGCCUUUAUGGUGACAUCUAGACAGACAACUGUUGUUAGAAGGGACUAUGGUUUUCUCAAUUUUCCCUGCUGGACAGGGUCUAUAAUGACACUUAGUAUACCCCUAACACAUGGCAACUGGAUAGUAAACGGUUUUCUAGUUCCAUUGCUGUAUAUUGCCUAAAUGGACUUUCGUUUGAAAUUCUUCAGUUGUCAUAAUCUGUUCAAAUGUUGAAGAAUUAGGAAUUAGUCAUGCUGUCAAAUGCUCUGAAAGGGAUGCAAGGCAGCAAUUGCCAUUUAAAGUUUUUUUUUUUCCAUGUUGGGGAUCAGACCCAGGGCCUUGCGCACGCUAGGCAAGCACUCUACCACUGAGCUGUACCCCCGCCCAUUGUCUUCCUGGUUCAUUUCUAACUCUAUUAAUGAAUUUUAGAUUUUCCCUGAAACUAAGUUGAAUCUGUUCCAAAAUGAAACAGGCUUCUCAGGGACAUACCUACUUCUUCCCAGUCUGCCUUUUGGUUAAAAGCACCAAGCAGAGACAUUAUUUCCCUUUGCUAUACUGUGAUCCCUACAUUAUUAAGAAACCAAAAUAUCACUGAAAGGAGGCUGGCCGAAUGCAUGAGUGUUUCAUUAUGGGAGAAAAGAUCAAGUGACAGUGUCAGUUUUUUUCUGCUUGUCACUUCAUAAGCUGAGUAAAAAGCAUGAAAAUUCAGACUUUUGGUCUUGGUUCUGCCACUUGGUUAUGAGUUCUAGAGGAGGUUAAGUUACCCUCCCUGGCCUUACUUUCUACAUGUGUAAUACAAAAAUACUUCAUGGUAGCAUGACAAUUUAAGACACCAGCAACAGAAUACAACUAUGAUGACAUUCCAUGAAGUGGCAUUUUAUAGUUCUAACUACUAAAUUAGUUCUCCUUAUUGAAUAAAUUUCUAAUAAAGUGGUUGGUUUUCAAAUACAUAGUUGGCCAGAGGUGCCCUAUCCCUUAUUAUGAGCAGGUGCUACCUUUCGGGAUAUUGAAAUAUUAAUACUUUGGUACACAACUGUCAAUGUUUCAUGGUGUAUAUUUUUAUUCUUGCUAUUAGUAGAGGCCGAGUGGGGGAAGAAGAGUCUAAUUACUACCUCUUAACCUUCUUGGAGCAAGUGAGAUCUUUGCUAGAAGUAGUUCUUAGCAUGUAUUUUUUUAAAGCAUUAUUUUUUGCUCUAAAAGUACUGAUUCCAAGCACACAUUCAGGAAAAUGGGCCAGCAGAACAUGGUACCUCCAGAAAAUUGGCUCUAUGUGGGUCUUACCUUUCUUUCCUCCCAUACUAGCAGUCUUUUUCUCCAGGGAAUAUACAUUAUGCCUUUUUCUUUUUUUGCCAUGUUUAUCUUUUCUUGGUCAUAUAUAAGCAAUAAAGCUGUUUUCUGUUUUUGGCUUUUCACAA